AUGCCAAAGAUCCCCGAGUAUCAGGACUCCAAUCCUGAUGCUGUUCGCGCUCUUCUCGUCGAGGAAGCUCAGGACCUUACCGGUGAUCACACAACUACAAUUGUUAUCUCUGUUUCUACUAUUCGUGAACGCGUGAAGGAGAUUAUUGAUGCAAACGUUGUACUCCGAGAGCAGGGUACCCUCUCUCCUAAACCCUUUUCUCUUAUUGCUCAGAGCACUAAUAUACGAGAGACAUUUAAGAAACUGCGUGCGACAUACGCUGCCUUAUCCCACCAACAUUCAUAUGCUCGCUACAGCAAGUGGAUAGAUCUUCGCUUUAAGAAUAGAUCUGCUAGCGAGUUUAUACGCAAGUUCCAGAAAGCUCUUCGUAAUCUUACAACUUCUAAUGGCAAAUUAAACUCGGGAUAUAUACUAUGCCAGUUUAAGAGAGCUAUCUCUGAGAACCCCAAGUAUAGUGCUUUUCUCCAGAACCUAAGGGUCGAUGAGAGCGAUAUCAAUCUUAUAGACAAAGUCUACGCCGAGUUCCUCGAAGUAGAUAUCCAUAUUAGGUCCAUAAAUCCUUCAUACAAUGCAAACUCGACUACUAUUCAAACCUCAUCGUCGUCCCACAAUAACAAGAAGAAGGACACGAAGAAAGGAGGCAACAAUAAGCAAUCUAAUUCCAAUAACAACAAGGACAAAUCCUCGAAGAAGAAGACCGACUUCGUCAGAGAGGAGAACGUCAUCCUUUACAGGCAUCAUAGGACUCUUAGAAACCACUAUUCCAAUAAGUGUCCCUUACUGAAGAACUCGGCGAAUGCCACUACAAUUCAACAACCUCAGCAGCAACAAUCCCCUUUUCAGCAGGUUACAGUCCCUCAACCAGGCCAAAUCAUAGGUCAGGUUAACAACCAAGGCCGGAUCCUUUCUCUGCCGCAACAACAGCCUCGUCCAAGGGCUAAUACAGUCUUUGCGCCAGCAUCCUACCCCACCGCACCGCAGCAAGGCCCUCCCUCAGGGGAUCCCCUAGUACGGUAUAACAACCUCUUUACAAAUACGCUCUUUACCGGUAUCCAGGCAGAUGCCGUUCAUAGCUCUCAUAUUAUAUCGAAAGAAGGCCUCAUGGCCAACGACAACAACGAUGUUACACGCUAG